UCGAAAUUCAAUAAAUAUAGGACGCUUUAUUGUUCCGCAAAUCACGUUCAGUUUGAAAUUAAGUUAAUUAGAGCACUUUAUUACUGCGGAAAAGUUUCGUCAUGUCAGUAAUCGAGGAAAAGCCAUUGGCCUCAGAAAAUAAUGUUGAGGAGAAAGAAAAAGUGGGCGCAGAUGAUUACGUUGAUAUGAAAUUUACUAGAGAAUUGCGAAAAGCAACAAAGGACGUACACAACUUAAGCGAUACUCUUAUCAAUGCAAAGUUUGCAUUUGCUCUGUCUGAUGACGAAGUUUGGUAUGAUGGACUGCUUGCUUUCUACGAAGUAUACAAAUUCUUUGAGACGCAUUUGCCAGAGCGCCUGCUCCCAAAGGAGCUAUAUCGGGCUGAGGCAUUCGAAAAGGACUUUUCUCACUUCUAUGGUGCUGAUUGGAAGAACACCUAUGAACCCCGAGAAAGCGUAAAGAAAUAUAUAGCACACUUAGAAAAGGUUGCUGCCCAAAACGAGUUGCUUCUCUUCGCAUAUGCCUACCAAAUGUACAUGGCUCUUAUGUCUGGCGGCCAGAUGUUGCAAAAAAAACGUAUGAUAGCUCGCAAACUCUGGGUGUUUUCAAAGGACAGCGAUCAGCAGCAAAAACAGGCUGAAGCCGACGCAGCUGCGGCUAUUGCCACCGCAACGGCCGCCGCCAAUGCCGGUGAAGGUGUUAUUGAUGAAGAAGAUUUGCAGGCGCGUCCUAUGCCAGCACAGGUUACUAUAUGUCCACCUGGCUGUGCGGCUACAUUUUUCCCCAUGAAAAUAUCCGUUUUAAAGUCAAAACUUCGCCGGGUUUUCAAUGAGCAGUACGGUAAGUUUGACGACGAGCUUCGUGCUGCGUUUAUUGAAGAAAGCCGUAAUGUGUUUCGCUUAAACAUGGAUGUGGUGCGCACCAUAAAGGGCGUGAAUCGUGCUAAUCUCAAAAAGCUGGCUAUUGCUGCAAUCUUUAUAUCCAGUAUAUAUCUUGCUAUCAAAUUGGCCAUGAAGUAGGAUAUACGCACUUCGGCCACAGAUGCAGCUUUAAAAUGUUACAUUUAGUAGUUUUAUUAUGUUUACUUCUUUGCCAAAUAAAUAAUCGCUUUACCAAUACUUGACCAAUA